UGAAAUUGCUUGGGCUGAACAAUUAUUUUUCUGUGUAAUUUGUUUCGACAUUAUAUGUUGUCCGGAAGCUCUACGAGUCCCCCGGCUCAAGAAAAUCUCGGCUCAAGGCGCUUGACAUUUGAUCCCCUCUGCCUGGGUAACCUCCAGUGGGAUCGAGUGCGCGUCAGGAAGUCACACGUUUGUCGCCUAGAGUGAUAUUGCACGGCCAUUCAUUUGACACGUUUGAUCGCCUUGAGUGGUCUUCAAUUGAUUUGUUUCACACGUUUGUCGCCUAGAGUGAUAUUGCGCUGCCAUUCAUUUGACACGCUUGAUCGCCUUGAGUUGUCUUCAAUUGAUUUGUUUUGCUGGGUGCUUCCGAGGCAGUCUCUGCAAUCUUUCGUUAUGCCACACGUACGGAGUGCAAGUGCUCGCAUUAUGCGUCGGGCGCUGGCUGUUCAAAACGGAUACUGUGUGCAUUUACCUAUUCGUUUGCCUCUGGAUGGUUUGGUGCCACCUACGUGUCUCCCACCACCAGGGCUGGAGCGGGCGACUGCCGAUUUGGUUCUAGAUCAUCUCUUGUUGCGCGAUCCACCUGUUGUCAAACGCAGUUUGGAGGAGGAGGAGGAGGCAAACAUUAAGACUGUUUCGGAUAAUCUUUCUUGCCGUAUGCAGGCUUCUGAAUCGCUGGUUGAUGUAGAUAUUGGAGUGCAGGCUUCUGAAUCGCUGGUUGAUGUUGGAGUGCAGACGGUUGAUGUUGCGGACUUUCAUUGUGAAGUCGGCUGUCAGACAGAUAGUGUCGUUGGGAUGGAGGGAGGAACUUCAGGAGUUCUUCUUGGGAAAGUGACUGUGGCGGCGGAGGAGGAGCUGGAGGCACCCUCGAGUGCGGAGUCUUCUCCGAACGUGCAGUCUGAUUCUGAUAGCCGCGCCUUGUCAGGAGCGUCCCAGGGGUGUCUGAAUCGUCCCGUCGCGCUCAAUGAGGUAUCGAAGGAGUCGCGCCAGGGGACUCGAGGGAGAGAUCGUGACAAGGUCAAGGGGACAUCGACGUGCUCUCAGGCCACCAUUGCCGAUGUCAAAGCGUGGAUUGACGCUGUUGCCAGCAUCAACGAGUUGAAUGCGAUCCAGUAUUUAAAGAACGGAAUGGAUUUGUUUGAUAAGCUGGUGACAGAACGUGGGUUCCCUACAAAGAAGGCCCAAAAAGAUUAUGCUCGGAAACUGUAUGAGAUGCUCCAGAAUGUGCAAGCGACGCUGGAGGAUCUUCUAGGAUUCUUCGAGGUGCACAGGUUCUUGACAGGACAAAUGAACCGCGCCGAGAUGGCCAAGUUUCUUGAGGUUUCCAAGUGCAGCGAUUACCGAAUAAUAUUCUUCGGACGCCCGAGGAGUUUCGACAAGUUGGGAUGAAGCUAUUCGUGCGCACUUGUAUGCAUCUUCCGGUUUAGAACAGCGAAGGCUGUAAUGCUUGUAUCUCACCUGUUCUUGUUUUCCUCACUUUAUCUCUCUGUUUGACCUCUCGUUGGAGCCAUGAUGGCUCUACGGCCCGCUGUGGGCCCCACUAAGCGAUUCAGGUGUGUAAAGGGCAGGGGCCCCUCAUAUUCUUCAGGUGACGUUCUUCCACGGGUUGUUUCCCCGUCUAAUUCGUUGAUUACUUCACAUGUGACGUUGAGCAUGCGCCUCUUGUCAUACGGCGGGUUGAACAUGCGUAUUUCGGACUGGUUUGAUGUGAAUAAGAGUUUGUGCUCGCUCACGCCUUGCCUGUUUGGAUACGUCCGCUCCUUGCUCCGACUAGGCUGGAAAGCCUGCACAGUCGACCGCAAAGUCCGCAAAAAAAACAAAGGUUGACGCACUGUCGUGCCUGCAAGGAGCUCUACGAGGUUCCCGGCGGUGACCAGGUUGCUGCUGUCCCUCCUCGGGGAUCUCAGCGGUGGCCUGGCCCGUCGGGGGCUUCCUCAAGCCUGUCUCCUCAGGCUGCCCCCUGGGCGGCCGUGUGCGCGCGGGCGGGCCGUGCAAUAAAUUCGGGUACUUCGUCGGCUGCGACGACCUUCUCUCAUUGGGCCUACAGGUGAUAGGUGCUGGAGGCCAGCUCUGUUUGGCAUCAGAAGUGGGACUGAGUUCAACGCAUAGGCCGCUGUCGUCGCUUUGUACUUGUUUGUGCUGCCUGCUUGCGCUUUCUCCAUUAUUGCUCUUGCACACGUGUGUACUCUUUGACAUUGAGGUACUUUGACAGUUCUGUGACAUUGGAGUAUCUUGAGAUUGAGGUUCUCUGCAUUGUAUCGGCGUGCCUGUUUUCAUUCUUUCUUUCUUUGAAUCGUAUCGAUCAGAAUUCAAGAUGCUUGAGUGCGUUAUCAGACGCUCAGUUAUGCAGGUGAUUCAAGAUACUGAGUGCGUUAUCAGACAUUCAGUUAUCCGAGAGUUACUUCUUGAGUGCGUUAUCAGACAUUCAGUUAUCACACAUUUGACGUGAGCAUACGACUCUUGUCUUACCGCGGGUUGUUACGAAAUAUUUCGGACCUUGUGUUUGCGUUGACUCUUGCCAUGCUGUGUGUGUGUCGGACAUGCGCGCAUGUUGGUAUAAGAGCUCCGCGUGAUCUUCACUUUGUUCGGAAUAAGAGUUUUGCAUGUGCCCACUCCCGCUCAAAGAGUGGUGGGUGUCUUGCCUGACUCUGUGCACAGUCGACCGCAAAUUCGGUGUGUUUCACGUGCAUGGUCUUUCAGUGGUGCUGAGACGGUAAUCGCUAUAUGUGGUUACUGCAUGGUAUCGCAUUACUUUGAAGUGUACUCGUCAUUUUAGUUGUUAGUUUUGUGUUUGUCUCAGUGGUGUUGAGACGGUAAUCGCUGUAUAAACCAGUGGUUACUGUAUGGUCUCUCACUGCUUCUAUUCUCAGUGGUGCUGAGACGGUAAUCGCUAUAUGUGGUUACUGCAUGGUCUCGCAUUGCUUUUACUCCCUCUUUAUAUUUUAGUUGUAUUCUCGUGUUGAGAAUCCAGAUUUUUCGCACUUGUAGACGACUGUCUGCGUCUUAAUAAGAGCUCUGUAGGCGCCUUUUUACUAUCAAAACAGUUGGCGCAACCAACUUUCUGUCUACAUGAAAAAAAUGAAUGUUCAUUUUUUUGAAAUGCUUCCAGAAGCUCUCUCAUUCGACUCUGAGCACUCUGACGUGCUGUCGGUUUUCUGCACUUAACUCGGGCUGUAGGAGCGCUAUAGGGCUUGUAAUCACAG